AUGGCUUUGAAGUGGCAAGAAAUUGUACGCGCUAGUAGAGAUGACCCUGAAAUACAACAAGUUAUUGAGGCAUUAGACUCCGGGGGAGAGGGAGAUAUUCCUUUACCAUUCAAAAUGAUAUCCACAGAGCUUUGCCGGCUAGAUGAUGUUUUACUGAGAGUAGACCGAAUUGUUAUUCCACAAAGUCUUCGACAACGGGUUUUACAGAUUGCACAUGAAGGGCAUCCGGGUAGACGGAUUAUGAAAAGCCAUUUACGUACUAACUCGUGGUGGCCAAAGAUGGACCAGGAUGUCGAAAGAUAUGUGAAGGCAUGCCGUGGGUGUGUCUUGGUCUCUGCCCCCAAUCAACCCGAGCCAAUGAUCAGAAAAACACUUCCAUCUCGGCCGUGGAAGCAAAUUGCGAUAGAUUUCUUAGGUCCAUUGCCGGAUGGCGAAAAUUUGCUAGUGUGUAUCGACUACUACAGCAGAUUUAUGGAAGUUAUUGAAAUGAAUUUUAUCACAUCAGCGUCAACUAUUAAAGAACUAUUAAUAAUUUUCUCACGGUAUGGAGUUCCAGAAUCAAUACGUGCGGAUAACGGUCCUCAGUUUUCUUCAGACGAGUUUCAAGCAUUUUGUGAUGAAUAUGGUAUACAUCUAGAGACGACUAUACCAUAUUGGCCACAAAUGAACGGAGAAGUUGAACGGCAGAACCGGUCAAUUUUGAAGCGAUUGCGUAUAGCACAGGAACUUGGAAAAGAUUGGCGGAAAGAUCUGCGACAGUAUUUGUUAGUGUAUCACUCUUCAAAUCAUUCAACCACUGGAAAAGCGCCUGCAGAAUUAAUGUUUGGUCGUAAAAUGCGAACGAAGUUACCAAGUGUCCCUAUCAACAUAUAUGACGAUGAGGAAAUGAGGGAGAAGGACAAAAUUGAGAAGGAGAAGGGAAGAGUAUACGCUGAUAAGAGACGCAAAGCGAAGCCUAGUACUAUAGAAGUGGGAGAUAAAGUUGUAGCAAAGCGAAUAAGAAAGAACCACAAAUUACAGUCAAAUUUUUCACCCGAAGAAUUUAGUGUGAUCGGAAAACAUGGAACAGAUGUCACUAUAAGAUCAUCAUUAACUGGGAAGGAAUUCCGAAGAAGUGCUGCUCAUCUGAAACAACUUCCAACGCCACCAAUUCAGGAAAGCCAGUUGAAUAAGGAUGCGAUUGACCCAAGUUGUCAACAAGACUCACUUGAAAUGGUGGAUCCUAAACCAGGACAAUCAAGGAUUCUUCAUCAUGAGGAUCCGGUGCCGAAAAGAACUCGAAUGGAAUCCACUCGACUAAGGGAGUUCGUGACAUAUUAA